CUGGCAUGUCCAUAGACAAGCUGGCCGCAACGCUCCAACCUCAUCCGCGCUCCUUCUGAACUUUUGUUUGGAGUUGAUGCGGUGGACGCAUUAGCUGUAUUCUAUUGACCGGUGUGCGGAGCGUGCUACUUUAUGGUGCGGCUCCGGCCAACCCUCCUUCAACAUGCAGUCCUCUCCGAACAUGCUCACCAAGUUUGAGUCGAAGUCAUCCAGAGCAAAGGGAAUCGCCUUCCACCCGAAACGGCCAUGGAUUCUCGUAUCCCUCCACUCCUCAACGAUCCAGCUCUGGGAUUAUCGCAUGGGAACACUCAUUGAUCGCUUCGAAGAACACGAUGGACCCGUGAGAGGAAUAGACUUCCACAAGACGCAACCGUUGUUCGUAUCCGGUGGUGAUGAUUACAAGAUCAAGGUCUGGAGCUACCAGACGCGGAGGUGCCUGUUCACGCUCAAUGGCCACUUGGACUACGUUCGGACGGUAUUCUUCCACCAUGAGCUUCCGUGGAUCUUGUCAGCCUCCGAUGACCAGACGAUCAGAAUAUGGAAUUGGCAGAACAGGUCGUUGAUCUGCACCAUGACCGGUCACAAUCACUAUGUGAUGUGUGCACAGUUCCACCCCAAAGACGAUCUGAUUGUUUCUGCCUCCCUGGAUCAGUCUGUCCGCGUCUGGGAUAUUACCGGGCUCCGAAAGAAGCACUCUGCGCCAACUUCUAUCUCCUUCGAAGACCAAAUGGCCCGCGCCAAUUCCAGCCAGGCCGAUAUGUUUGGAAACACAGAUGCGGUGGUGAAAUUUGUUCUCGAGGGUCAUGAUCGGGGGGUCAACUGGGUUUCCUUCCACCCUAGCCUCCCAUUGAUCGUUUCCGCCGGAGACGACCGUCUGAUCAAGUUGUGGCGCAUGAGUGACACGAAAGCAUGGGAAGUGGAUACGUGCCGUGGCCACUUCCAGAACGUUUCCGCAUGUCUUUUCCACCCCCACCAAGAUCUCAUAUUGUCCGUCGGCGAGGAUAAAACAAUCAGAGUAUGGGACCUCAACAAGCGAACGUCCGUGCAAUCCUUCAAGCGGGAUCUUGAUAGGUUCUGGGUGAUUGCUGCUCACCCAGAGAUCAAUCUCUUCGCUGCGGGCCAUGACACUGGUGUGAUGGUUUUCAAGCUCGAGAGAGAACGCCCAGCAUCCGCUGUCUACCAGAAUCAGGUGUUCUACAUUACGAAGGAGAAGCAUGUCAAAUCUUACGAUUUCGCGAAGAACAUCGAGUCACCGUCCAUGUUGUCGCUGCGAAAGUUGGGCGCUCCUUGGGUACCCCCGCGAACGCUUUCCUACAACCCGGCAGAGCGGGCCAUCUUGGUCACUUCUCCUACUGACGGAGGCACAUACGAGCUUAUUAACCUGCCACGGGACGCUACUGGAGCUGUAGAGCCCACUGACUUGAAGCGCGGCCAGGGUACUUCCGCUGUGUUCGUCGCGCGUAACCGAUUUGCGGUCUUCAACGUCUCCAACCAGCAGGUGGAUAUCAAGGACCUGAGUAACUCCACCACGAAGACAAUUAAGCCACCUGCCGGAACAACGGACAUCUACUUCGGUGGUACCGGGUGCCUACUGUUCCUCACCCCUACGACCGUUGUUCUUUUCGACAUUCAACAGAAGAAGCAGUUGGCCGAGCUGGCAGUGAGCGGAGUGAAAUAUGUUGUCUGGUCGAAUGACGGUCUGUAUGCGGCUCUUCUGAGCAAGCACAAUGUGACAAUUGUGACCAAGACCCUCGAGCAAGUGAGCACUCUCCACGAGACUAUUCGGAUAAAGAGUGCUACCUGGGAUGACGCUGGCGUACUCCUCUACUCCACUCUUAACCAUGUCAAAUACUCUCUUCUUAACGGAGACAAUGGAAUUGUCCGUACUCUCGACCAGACUGUCUACCUUGUCCGGGUCAAGGGCCGCAACGUCUACUGCCUGGACCGCACAGCCAAGCCCAGAAUCCUGGAGAUUGAUCCUACCGAGUACCGUUUCAAACUUGCCUUGAUCAAGCGAAAUUAUGACGAGAUGCUCCAGAUCAUCAAGACUUCCAGUCUCGUCGGACAGAGCAUCAUCUCGUACCUGCAGAAGAAAGGCUACCCGGAGAUCGCUCUGCAGUUCGUCCAGGAUCCUCAGACUCGGUUCGAGCUUGCCCUUGAGUGCGGUAAUCUCGAGGUCGCCAUCGAAAUGGCAAAGGAACUGGACCGACCCAAGCUCUGGAGCCGCCUUGGAGCGGAGGCACUGGCGCACGGUAACCACCAGACCGUGGAAAUGACGUACCAAAAGCAGAGACAGUUUGAUAAGCUGUCUUUUCUCUAUCUAGCUUCUGGUGACCACGACAAGCUCGCAAGAAUGGCUAAGAUCGCCGAGCACAGAGGUGAUUUCACGUCACGGUUCCAAAACUCCGUCUACCGCGGUGAUGUCGAGGACAGGAUACAGAUGUUCAAAGAAGUCGAUCUAUACCCCCUUGCCUACUUGACGGCCAAAUCUCACGGUCUGACUGAGGAGGCAGAGGCUAUCCUCGAGAGCUGUGGCUUAACCGCAGACGAUGUUACUCUCCCGAAAGUGGGAGUUCCUUCGCGUCCUGCCAGGCCCGUUGUCCCCACCUACAAGUCCAACUGGCCCGUCAAAGCUGCUGGUCACUCUUCCUUCGAGAAAGCACUGCUGGGUGAGGUGGGUGCUAUUGACGAAGAAGCUGCCGCAAAUGGCUACGGAUUGGAGAAAGAGGAAGAGGAGGCUGGCGAUCUCGGCCGUGACACACUGGAAGAAGAGGAAGAAGACGUCGCCGGUUGGGAUAUGGGAGAGGAAAUCAUCGUCGAAGACGAAGGUGACUUUGUCAACGUUGACAGCGCCGAAGCGGGAGCGGGCAGCUCUGAGGCUGACCUGUGGGCCCGCAAUUCUCCUCUGGCGGCGGACCAUGUCGCUGCUGGCUCAUUCGACACGGCUAUGCAGCUCCUCAAUCGCCAAGUGGGCGCAGUUCACUUUGCGCCACUGAAGGAGCGGUUCCUGGAGAUCUACAAGGCUUCUAAGACAUACCUCCCUGCGACAGCAGGAUUGCCGCCUCUGGUUAACUACGUGCGAAGGACCGUUGAUGAGACCGACCCCCGCAAGCUCUUGCCUGUCAUUCCUCGGGAUUUGGAGACAAUUGCAAAUGUCGACCUACAAGAAGGAUACGCGGCGAUGCGCACCAACAGACUUGAGGACGGUGUGAAGAUCUUCAAGCGCAUUCUGCACACUCUGCUUCUCAACGCUGUCACCUCUGAGAGCGAGGUUGAGCAGGCGAAGAAGAUUAUUACCACUGCCCGAGAGUACGUUCUUGCUAUGUCUAUCGAACUUUACCGCCGUUCGAUAGGAACGGAUACGCCCGAGAAUCUGAAGAGAAGCCUGGAACUCUCGGCAUACUUCACCAUCCCCAAGCUCGAGGUCGCUCACCGCCAACUUGCUUUGAUGGCAGCGAUGAAGUUGGCUUUUGCCAACAAGAAUUACUCUUCUGCACUCAGCUUCGCCAACCGCAUGAUCGCUAACGGUGGCUCUGCUAAGCUUCUCGACCAGGCCAAGAAGAUCAAGGCUCAGUGCGAGCGCAACCCCCAGGAUAAGAUCGAGAUCGAAUUCGACCAGUUCGCUGAAUUCGAUAUCUGCGCUGCCUCGUAUACGCCUAUCUACACCGGAUCUCCCAGCGUCUCAGACCCGUUCACGGGUGCCAAGUAUCACGAACAGUACAAGGGCACCGUGUGCCGGAUUUCGGACGUCACGGAAAUCGGGGCACCGGCAAGUGGCCUGCGGUUGUUCUUCAACCAGAUCUGAAGAUGAUGAAUGUCUUGACGGCUCCUGUCUCUUGUAUCUUUUCGAGAUGAAAAGGAUUUCAUGCUUUCUUCUUGAAUCCUUGACCCUGCUUCGCAGCAGGGGCAAUUGUUGAGUGGCGCUAUGGCUACAGGUGGUUUCCCUCGUAGACGUAGCUUUUGUUAAACCAGUUUGAUAAUAAUAAGCGGCCUUCUUACUUUCUUCACUGUUCUGUUAUGUAGCACCCUAUACUAUACUCUAACUGGAGA